AUGUUUGCCAAAGCAUCAUUGAUCGCCUUCACCACCCUCGCGCUUCUGGCGUCUGCAACCCCCGUUGAGCGGGGUUUGGGCGUCCGGAUCCCACUAGAGAAGCGCGCCUCUCUCACUACCGACGACGGUGUGUUCGAUCUCGAACGCGCCAUCCAGCAAUCUACGCGCACACACAAUAAGCAUCGUCAGAACCUUAUUAAUGUCCAUAACAACAUUGGUCUCGAGAAUUUUAACGAGGGUGCCAAGAUUAUGCCCUUAGCCGAGUACCACUCCCCGAGUGGCAUCGAGAAGCGUCAGAAGGAACCUCUUACAGACGAGUCUAAUGAUCUCGACUGGGCCGGACCUGUUUCGAUUGGGACGCCCGCACAGACAUUCACCAUUGAUUUUGACACUGGAUCGUCGGAUCUAUGGGUACCGUCGUCCAACUGCACGAGCUCCGUGUGCAGCUCGAAGCACAAGUACACAUCCUCAAAGUCCUCGACUAGCUCCAAAAAGACGGGGACUUUCUCCAUCCAAUACGGCGAUGGGUCGACCGUUUCGGGUCCCGUUUUCACCGAGACUGUGAACGUUGCUGGCAUUAAGUCCACCGGUCAAUACUUUUCGCCCGUGACGACGCUUUCGAGCAGCUUCGCGAACGACCCCAUCGACGGUAUCUUGGGCCUGGCAUACCCUGCCCUCUCGAACUUGGGUCAUACGCCGUUUUUCAACAACGCCAAGAGCCAGGGCUCGGUUAGCACCGGUAUCUUCGGAUUCAAGCUGGCCAAAACUGGCUCCGAAUUGUACCUGGGCGGCACCGACACUUCUCUUUACACCGGUGCCCCCGAGUACCACGCCGUCAAUGGUUCUGCAUUCUGGCAACUGACCAAUGCGAAGACGGUCGUGAACGGGAAGAUUGUGAACUCGGGUUUCCAGACCAUCAUCGAUUCUGGCACGACCAUCAUGUACGGCCCACCGAGCGCGGUGCAGGCGUUCUACGCCAGUGUGCCCGGCGCGUCGCUCAAUAACGCGCAGUACGGAUAUUACCAGUACCCCUGCGCUUCGCCGCCCACCGUGGCGUUCAACUGGGGCGGGAAGAAUUUCACCGUUAGCAGUGCGAACUUCAACCUCGGCAAGGUGUCUUCCACCUCUACUUACUGUAUUGGCGCGCUCGCCGGCCAGAACUUGGGCCUUGGCACCAACGUCUGGCUGCUUGGUGACAGCUACAUGAAGAACGUGUACAGUGCAUUCUCCUUCGACAACAACUCAGUUGGCUUCGCGACGUUGAAGUGA